GUUAUAAUGAUUAACAACCAAUAGAAACAAAACACCCUGGAUACACAACGUCUAUAAAUGGUUGACGAAUUGUCUUAUUCUGCACAUCGAAUUCUACUCCGAUUUCUCUGAGCAAGAAGACUGCGUCAACGAUACGAAUAAUGUUACGCGUACUGGUGAUACUCAUUGUUAGUGGUUUCGUCGUAGCUGACCCAAUAAAGAGGUCUACUGUAGGACGAGCAGCAUGUAUUCCUGAGUAUAUCGUUUACACUGAUGAAAUGACAUGGGAUGACGCGAAGGCUGCAUGUGAAUCUUCUUCUUGGACACUUGCUGAGAUCCGUUCUCAGGCACAACGGGAUGCACUCAAAGCCAUUUUACCAGCAGAAAACAACAAUUAUUGGAUUGGUGUGAAUGAUGUAGUCGGUGAUAAUGAAAACUAUGAGUAUGCUACUGGUGGAUCAGUAAUUUACACAAACUGGUUGAAUUAUGAGCCAAAUAAUCAUAAUGGUGCAGCUGAGGAUUGUGUAGAGUUACGUGGGAAGAAAGGGUAUGGAUGGAAUGAUACGCCUUGUGAUAGAAAAAAAUUCCCGCUGUGUGAGUUUUAGACUAGACAAGUGGAUAGGACCGCUGGAAAAUGGAGAGAGACAUACUCUCAACUCAGUGGUCAUGGUCGUAAUUAUAUAGUGACCUGCUCAUUAAGGAUCGUAUAAUCUAUCAUUUCAUAUCUUUUUCGAGUUUUGAUUUUUGACUUUAUCUUUUGUCAAUUUUUGUUCAGCUGGGUCAUGCAGAAG